AUGGAAAAAGAUAUUAUUUGCACUUUAAAUCAUGGUGAAAGAGUAACAAGUACCUAUGCGGAAAUUUAUUUAAACGACAGCUAUUGCGAUUCACAAAAGCACAUACCUGAGUCAAAGGUAGAAACAAGCAAUGAUCAUAGAAAAAAAGGUAAAGAAAAAAAUGAAUGGCAAUCACCGAGCGACUUGUUAAUAGGAAUAUUAGAGCUGCAACCUCCAUUUACUUCUAAAAUUACUAGAGGGAAAACUCACCAAGGAAUUUUAAGUAUUGGUGAUGGUGUACUGGAAACAGAACAUGCCAGAUUUCUUAAAGAACUUCAUAGCUUAUUACGGAAUAAUGAUGCAGCAUGGACUAAUAUUUUGGAUAUUGAAAAAAAAUCUGUUGAGAAAAAGGUAAAGCAUAUCUACGAUGAAAUAUUUAAUUCAAAAAGCAAAAUUAUGUUAAAAGAAAUAGCAAAAUUUUACGAAAGUACUCUUCUGGAAUUGGAAGACCAUAUGAGAUCCGAAAUUCAAAAUGUUUUAAGUAGCGUGCACGCCAAUAUUAUUAGUGAUGCUAAUGUUAAAAUUAAAUCAAAACUAAAACAAGAAAGACGAAAUUUAGAGAAUAUAUUAAAGCAAAAGUAUACCUAUGAGAUUCAUAAAAUAAAAAAAUAUUACGAACAUCUUUUAAACAAUGAAUUGCAUCAAAAUAAUAAAUUAAUAAAUCAAGCAAGAUUUGUGAGGAAUGAUACAUUAAAGGCUUACGUGAGACAAAUCGAAGCAGAAAACAUCACCAAUACAAUGUAUGUUAUGUGCACAGAAAGAAAAAAAUGUAAGAUCAAGCAAUUUAUUUUAGACAAUUAUCAAAUGAAUGAAAUAUCUGAAAAGGUUCAGAAAAUCAAAGAAAGACAAGAUAUCAUAGAAACUUCUAAAGAAAAUCAAGUACAUAUUUCUGAAAUUCAUAAGGAAUGGGAAGAAAAAAUUAAAAAAGUUCUACAGUUAUUUUUAAAGUUUAUUAGUUUCAGUCUUAAGUUAUUGCCGGAACAAUCAACAUUUUUGCUUGAUCUUGAAAAGAUGGUUAUACUACAAUUAAAUGAAAUACAAAAAUUUCCCGAAACGUCUUGCUCAAUAUUAGUAGAAGAAGAAAAAUUUGAAAAUAUAUUUAAGUACUUAGAUCCAGAAACUAAGGAGUCUCCAUGUAAUAAAGAACCGUAUAUACUUAUAGGUGAUACAUCAAAUUUACCUGACCCUCAAUACGGUAGUAGAGAAACAUUACCAUCCGAGGUCGAUUUGCCAUUCAUUAGACUUCAGAGACAAUUUGUUUAUGCCAAAUGUUAUAAAUAUGAAGAAAUAAAAGCUUUCCUUGAAUCUGAACAAUGUAAAUGUUUAAAAAAGGAAUCAGAAUUACUAUCGAAUACAAGUCAAAUCCAUCAUGUCUGUAACAAUAUCCCUGGUGAUAACGUAGCAUUAUCAAUUAAAACUUUUGAGCCUGUUCCUCUUUCAGAACAAGCAACAGAAUCAUCAAAUGAGUCUGUGAUUGUUGGUGAUUAUGAUCGACUUCGAGAUUGUCCAAUGCGACAUUGUAAGAAUUGGGUUAACAGUACAUCUUUUCCCAGUUUAAAUUCUUAUUUAGAUUACACUGAGGAAAACUUUGAAAGAUUAAAAGUAAUUCUUUGUCCACCAUUGAAAGAAGAUCUUGCGCCAGAAAUGAUUGAUCCUAAGGAUAUAGUGGGUAGAGAAUUACCAUUUGCUAAUGAAUUAUAUCACAAUGCAGCAACUCAAUAUUCAAGUCAAGAAAGUAUAAAUAUAACUAAUUUCGAUUGUACAUGCACUGAAGGUACAUCUGGUCAAAUAAGUCAACAUCAUAAAAUUAAAGAAUCGCCUAGUGAAUCUUUGAAUGGAAUAUUAAUGAAGCGUAAAGAGUCACUGAUACGAUUACUUCAAGAAAAUCCAAAACUUCUGAAAAUAUUUACUGAUGAAUGUUUUGAUUUUCAACUUUAA